AUGAUUGCUCCUGCGCCGGCCCGCUGGCUGCGCGCCUCGACCCUUCGAUCAGCCGUAAUUCGUCCCCACCCUCGACCUCGACCUUGUCUUCAUACACCAUCUACAGCUUCAGCAUGCCUUGGAACCAGGACGGCAGCGACAUAUACCUCUCGUCAUCAGGCCGCUCAAAUCUCAGUCUUGCAAACAGCUAUUGACACAAAUUCGACAAGCUAUGUUGACAACAAAAAGUCAAUGCAAGAGCUGCUCGACAGCUUUACCACUCUGCACCGUAAUGCCGCCCUAGGAGGCCCCGAAAAGGCACGUGAGAAGCAUGUCGCUCGAGGAAAGAUGCUUGUGCGAGAUCGCAUUACCGCCCUGGUUGAUCCAGGCACUUCAUUCCUCGAACUAUCAGCUCUGGCCGGCCAUGAGGUAUAUCCUGGAGAAGAUGUGGCUGCUGGAGGUAUCGUCACAGGCAUUGGUACAGUCGAAGGCACAAUGUGUAUGAUCGUUGCCAAUGACAGCACCGUCAAGGGUGGCACGUACUACCCCAUCACCGUCAAGAAGCAUCUCCGAGCACAAGAGAUUGCCCAACAAAACCGCCUACCCUGCAUCUACCUCGUCGACAGCGGUGGUGCCAACCUCCCUCACCAAGCAGACGUCUUCCCCGAUCGCGACCACUUCGGACGCAUCUUCUACAACCAGGCCCAAAUGUCUUCAAUGGGCAUCCCCCAACUCUCCGUCGUCAUGGGUCCCUGUACUGCCGGAGGAGCAUAUGUUCCUUCUAUGAGUGAUGAAAGCAUCAUCGUCCAAGAACAAGGCCACAUCUUCCUCGCCGGCCCACCCCUAGUCAAAGCAGCCACCGGUGAAGUUGUCAGUGCAGAAGACCUAGGCGGCGGCAAACUUCACAGCGAAACCAGCGGUGUGACAGACUACCUCGCCGUCGACGACGCUCACGCUCUGGUGCUGGCACGCCGCUGCGUUGCAAACCUCAACUACCCUGCCUCCUCUCCCAAUCCUGAAACGUGGAAAGACCCCCUCUACGACCCUAACGAACUCGACGGCAUCAUGGGCACAAAUUUGAAGACUCAAGUCGACGUGCAUGAAGUAAUCGCUCGCAUCGUCGACGGCAGCGAGUUUGCUGAAUUCAAACCUCUAUACGGCAGCACUCUAGUCACAGGCUUCGGACGCAUUCAAGGCCAUCAAGUGGGCUUUGUCGCCAACAAUGGUAUUCUCUUCUCAGAAUCUUCGCUGAAGGGUGCUCAUUUCGUGCAACUCUGCAACAAACGACGUAUCCCUCUGGUAUUUCUGCAGAACAUCUCUGGAUUUAUGGUCGGCAAGGAUGCAGAAAAAGGCGGCAUCGCGAAGAACGGAGCUAAACUCGUGACUGCUGUCGCCUGCGCCGAUGUACCCAAAUUCACAGUCGUGUUUGGUAGCUCAGCUGGUGCAGGAAACUAUGGCAUGUGUGGUCGCGCAUACUCUCCCCGCUUCCUCUGGGCCUGGCCAACAGCAAAAACCAGCGUCAUGGGCGCUGAACAACUAUCUUCAGUCAUGGAAGCCGUGGGCAAGAAAGUAGAUCCAAACUUGCGCGAUCGUAUUGAGCGUGAGAGCGAGUCUACGUUUGCGACUGCCAGGCUUUGGGAUGAUGGCAUUAUUCCUCCAUCGCAUACGAGGAGAGUGUUGGCUUUGGGGUUGCAGGCUGCCAUGUCUGGGAGUGUGGAGGAUAGAAAGACUGAGUGGGGUGUGUUUAGGAUGUAA